AUGAGUACUGAUAAAAUUGAACGACCGAGUUAUUGGAAUUGCGAUGGCUGUAAUAGAAUCAUUUUUGAUGGUGAACUUCGUUUUAAUUGUACUGUCUGUGAUGAUUAUAAUUACUGUGAAACAUGUGCAAUGACGAUACGUCCAUCGCAUCCUCAUCAAAUGACAAGUGAAUUGGCAUAUGGACCGGCAAAGAAUAGCGAAUGGAGACCAAUGAAUAUGAUAAAUGGUAUUCAAAGAGCAUUUUAUAUUUAUAGUAAUCGUUAUUGUAUGGGUAUUAGAAAUUUUGAUAAAACAAAUCCUUCAAUAUAUACGAAUUCAUAUUCAUGGAUGACAUAUAAAACUGUAGGUGAUCGAACAAAAAAUUUUGGUCAUGGCCUACGACGUUUAAUUGAACCACGUGGUUAUCUUAGUAUUUGUGCAGCAAAUCGACCUGAAUGGAUAAUUACUGAUUUUGCAUGCAUACUUCAGAAUAUUAUCACUGUUCCAAUUUAUUGUUUGUUUAAUGAUCAUGAAAUUGCUUAUAUUAUUAAUAAUACUAAAGCGUCUGUAGUAGUUUGUGAUAAACAAAUGCUAUCUAGAUUUAUUCGAUUGAGUGCAGAAUGUCUAUCACUUCGUCAUGUCGUAUGUAUGGAUUCUAUUUCUGAUACAAUGUUAGCUGAAAUACAUGAACAUAAUCUGUCUCUUCAUUAUAUGGGUGAUAUUGAAAAAUAUGGUUCUAUUAAAAAAUACGAUCAUGUUACUAUAAAACCUAAUGAUUGCCUUACGAUUAUAUAUACAAGUGGAAGUUCAGGCUUUCCUAAAGGUGCUAUAAUUUCUGAAGAAACUUAUCGAGCAACAUUUCCAAAUUGGUUUACAACAUGUUUAGUUGAACAAAUUAUAUUCUCCUAUCGACCAUUAGCAUGGGCAGCUGAUCGCUUUAUAGUUACUGGAACUUUUCUUGCUGGAGGACGUACCGGAUUCUCAACAGGAGAUGUUAGUCGUCUAAUGGAAGAAUUAGCUCUAGUUAGACCAACACAAUUUUCUGCUCCACCAAGUAUUUGGAAUAAAAUCUAUACUGAAUUCAAGACAGCUCUUUCUUUGAUCAAUGCUCAUCAUUCAUCAGCAGAAGAGCUACGUCUAUUGAAACAAUUUUCAAAACUAAUUCCUAAUAGAUGUAAAAUACUUACAGUCGGUAGUGCUAAAGUCAGUCCAAAUGUGUUGAACUUUAUGAAACGAUGUUUUUCCGGUUGUCGAAUUAAUGAAUCAUAUGGAAUUACGGAGUGUGGAAGUGUAGCUUAUAACAAUAUUUUAGAAGAUACAAUUAAAUAUCGUCUUGAAUCUGUUCCAGAAAUGGGUUAUACAAUCGAUGAUAAACCUUUUCCACGAGGAGAAAUUUUAACAAAAACUACAAAAAUGUUUUCUGGAUAUAUUAAUAAUUCCGAAGAAACUCGAGUAGCUAUCACCGAUGAUGGAUUCUUUCGUACUGGUGACAUUGUUGAAUUGCGUAUAGAUUCGAAUGGCCGACAUGAGUUGCAUGUUAUCGAUCGUAAAAAGAGUUUCUUUAAACUUUCACAAGGACAAUUUGUAUCACCUGAAUAUCUACAAAAUAUUUAUAUUCGAAGUUCAUUCGUCGAACAAAUCUAUAUUCAUGGUGAUCUUUUAUCAGAUUGUGUUGUUGCAGUGAUUGUACCUAACAGAGUAUAUGUACAAGCAUUUGUCAUUGAGCAUAAUUUAAUAAAUUUCGAUAUAAAUAAUCCAGAUCCACAAUUGUAUAAUGCAAUUCUAGAAGAUCUUCGUUCGAUAGCCAAAAAUGAAUCACUUCGAAUGCAUGAAAUUCCAUCACGAUUAAUUAUUGAUUUUGAACCAUUCACACCAGAAAAUGGUCUUCUUACUUCUUCGUUCAAACCUUGUCGUCAUAAGUUAGCUGCACAUUAUGCAAAUAGACUAAAACCAAUUAAUACUAUUGAUCAACGACUAAAAACUAUUAUUGAAAUAGCAACAGAACAAUCGAUACCAAACAAUGAUAAUGAACAUUUCUUGUUUGCUAAUGGUAAUAAUUCAUUGACAGCCAUACGAUUAUCUCGUAUGAUUGAAAAUAAUUUGGGAAUACCUAUACCAGUAAAUGUACUUUUUGAACAUACCAUGACUCUUCAAAGAUUAAUAAAUCUUAUCAAAAAUCCUUCUCAAAUUUCUUCGAUGACAAAUUCUCUUGUACCACAACUAUUGAAUGAUUCUCAAUUAGAUAUAAACAUAACUGUAGGUAAACCUAAAAAUAUAGGUCAAUCUCCGUCAAUGAUUUUCAUUACUGGAACUACAGGAUUUGUAGGUGCAUUUCUACUGGCUGAAUUAUUAACAAUUUAUCCUUCAAAUUGUAAAUUUAUUUGUCUUGUACGAUGCAAAUCUUUAGUGAAUCCUUUGGAUCGUAUUCGAGAAAAUAUGUUCUUCUAUCAGAUAUGGAAAGAAGACUAUCAAGAACGCAUUAUUCCAUUACAAGGUGAUUUAGCAAAAAUUCAUUUUGGAUUAAGUAAUGAAAUAUAUGAAUUGUUAGCUAAUCAAAUUGAUAUUAUCUUUCAUUGUGGUGCUAUAGUUAAUUUUGUAUUUCCUUACAGUAAGCUCUAUGGUCCAAAUGUAUGUGGUACUCGAGAGAUUAUUCGUUUGGCAACACAUACUUCAACUUGUAUACCUGUACAAUACAUCUCAACGGUAAGUGUUUUAUCAUCGGAAUUCAAUCAAGAAUUAUCAAUUGACAAGGUUCCUCCAGAUGGUUUAGUUAGUGGUUAUGCACAAAGUAAAUGGGUAGCUGAAAAACUAAUUACUAAGGCAAAUCAAUUAGGCCUUCCAGUGGUUAUCUAUCGUCUUGGAUCUAUAUGUGCCGAUACUGAGACAGGUGCAUGUAAUAGAAAGGAUAUUCAUACUUUAUUUCUUGCCGCAAUAAUAAAGAUGGGUUGUUAUCGUGAAACAGAAGUUAAUACUUAUUUUAAUUGCUUACCAGUCAAUUUUACUGCUAAAAGUAUUGUCUAUUUGAGUAGUAUUCAAUCUCAUGUAUAUGGAAACAUCUAUCAUGUUCUAAAUCCUGAUAGUCAACUGCCAUUUAAAGAUAUAAUUAAUGGUAUAUGUCACUGUGGUAUUGAAUUAAACAAAGUCUCUGAUAAAGAAUGGGGAAUCAAAUUGAAGACAAUUACUGAUCAAAAUGGUCCUUUUGAAUUUGUAGAAGAAUUCUUAUUAGAAAAUACUUUUAACAAAGGAUGUAUAUUUUCUGCUAAACAUUUUAAAAGUGCUGUUUCUUCGUUGAAUUUUCCAUCUUUAGAUAAAGAUUAUGUAUGUAAAUGGUUGAAUUUUAUACUUCAUCAUAUAGUUCGGUAA